CGCAGCGGCUCGUACUGCAUCCAUUGUUGUCUCCAUCUCUCUCGCUCUCUCUUCAGCUACUCGAAACAACAACAAACAAACAAACAAACAUCAUGCCUCCAAAGAAACAGAAGGGCCAGAAGAUGGGCCUCGCCGACUUCAUGGGAAGUGCUGGUGGCAUCACGUCGUGGGCCGAUGAGAUGGAGGCUCUUCCCACUGCGCCUGCCGCGCGCGACCCCCUCGCUACUCCCCGUCGUGGCGAGCCCGGCUAUCUCGACAGCAUGCCCGACCGUGGCUCGCGCUUCGGCGGCGGCCCGCCCAUGCGCGAGGAGGUGCCCCUUCCCACUGUCCCGCCCUUCACAGCGUUCAUUGGCAACCUCACUUUCGAGACCGACGACGCCGAGCUCCGUGACUGCUUCUCGGAACUCACGCCCAUCUCAGUCCGUCUUGUAAAGGACCCCGCCACCGGCAAGAGCAAGGGCUUUGGCUACGUCGAGUUCAGCACCCAGGCCGGCCUCAAGUCCGCCCUCGACCGCUCGGGCUCCAACCUUGGCGGGCGCUCGAUCCGUGUCAACGUUGCUGACGCGCCUGCGUCUCGCUCUGGCGGCCGCGACUUUGCGCCCUCGGUUGCCGACGAGUCCAACUCGUGGCGUCGCGCCACCCCUCUCCCAGCCCGCGACCCUCCCCGCCGCACAUUCUCGGGUGUUUCGUCCAACGCUGGCAGCGAGGACCGCGACUGGUCUGCUGCGCGCGGCGCAAGGUUCACCCCGAGCUCGCGUGAGAGCUCUGGCUACGGCCGUCCCCGCGAGCACGAGCCCUCCCACCCCUCCGUUGCCGAUGAGGCUGGCCAGUGGCGCUCGGCGCGCCCUCUCGUCAACGCUCAGCCCGAGAGGCACAGCCCUGGCGGCCGCGACGCUCCUCCUCACCGCCCCGCUGGCCCUGCCGACACCGAGUCGACUUGGUCGCGCGGAACCCGCGUCCCUGCUCCCGCCGCUCCUCCGGCCGAGCCUACGCGCCAGCGCCUAAAGCUCGCGCCCCGCUCCUCCGCUCCAUCGGGCCAGAACUCUCCCGAGGCGACGCCCGCCAAGGCCAACCCCUUUGGCGGGGCGCGCCCCGUUGACACGCACACGCGCGAGCUCGAGGCAGAGCAGCACGCCGAAGCGCGCCGCAGGGAAGCAGCGGCUGCCAAGGCUAAGCCUGCGCCGCCGCCCAAGGAGGAAAAGAAGGAGGAGCGCCGCCCUGUGCGCGUGCACCCUUCGCGCAUGCCGCCGAAGGAGGCUGCGGCGGCCGACGAGGACGGGUUUGAGGCCGUUGGGCCGCGCGGCAAGGUCGCUGCGGCUGCCGCUAGCGACGAGGGCAAGACGGCCGCCGCCAAGCCCGCGGCGACCAAGCAGGGCUUUAGCUUUGCUGCUGCCGCCGGGAAGGUAGACGUCGACGUCGACGACGUCGCUGACAAGGUUGCGGACGUGUCCGUUUAGCAUCUGUAGCGUAGACUUAGACAUGAUACGUUUGGGAUUCGAG